AGCUGAGCGAAUCAUCAGUUUGCCCUUAUAUAGAGGAGCGCCCUGGUCCUAUAAAUGCACACGGGGGUGCCCAUUAUAUUGCCCGGCUGGCGGCAGCGGCUGGGCGCGCUGCCCCGAGAGACUGAGUCCUCCAGCUUCCCUGUUGUCCUGCGCAAACACGCAGCGCUCCUCACACUUGCAGGGCGAGACUUCUUGGCGGAUACUGCGCGGAGAGGAGGAGGCUGCCUAAUUCUCCACGCUGGAUAGCCAAAAAAACACACACACACAAAAAGCACCGAAUCAUUCAAAAGGCACCGGCGGGAAAGUCGGCGGGCGGACCAGGCUGCAGCAAAGCACAACCCGAAAGAGCAUAACUUCUCUCGAGCAGUCCCUCCGAGGCCUCCCUGUUGCCGGAGCCGGAGCCUUUCCUGAUCGCCCCUCCGAGAGCGCUCCGGCUGCCGAAAGGCGAAAGCGCCUUCCUCGCAGCUGGCGACCCUCCACUUGCCAUGUGGGGCGCUGAGGCGUGGGAAUGCGGAGCAGGGCUGCUAAACCUGCCUGCCUUCGAGGCUCCUUGUUGCGGGUUGCUGCUCUUCUUUCUGCUCCGGAGGAGAUUAGGGUCUCUGCGGAGACGCCCCUCCAGGGUCGCCCUCCUCCUCGCCAAGAGUCGCUUUUAUUGUGGAUCUUUCGGUGUCUCUUAGGUAGAUUAAGCCGGUGUAGGAACGGAUGAGUCCCGAGAUAAUGGCAAAAAAUACGCCCCACUUUUCCUUGAAGCACCACCUGGGGAUUGGCCGGAAUGGGCAGGAGGGGCUCGGAUUGUAAAGAUGGACCUUUGCCAAAUACCGUAUUUUUAUACCAGCGGUUUGCUGGGAGAAGUUUUUGAGGUUUUUUGUUUUUUUAAAAAAGCGCAGACAAAACCUUAACUUGAAUGGUGUAGUCAUAAGUUGGCCACAUCACUGCCACACGUGGUAGCUUUGGCGCUUCCUAAAGGCUGCUUGGGGCGUUUGUGGAAUGCCCUUCUGCGCAGAAUCCAGAACGAAUGCAUUUGCUGGACUAAGAUUUAGAUUAUCCAAGUAGCAAAAGUAGACUGCAUCAUGUCCUCAAAAACGCUGUGCUCAGCAGAGAUGGCAGGAUCCGGUGCAACACACAAGAAACAAUGUGUGUGUGCUGUACAUUGUGCUAGAAAGACGGAAACAUUUGAGUACACUCUGCAUAUAAAUUAGGAAGGUUUUGGUUUUUUGUAUUCUUAAAACCCUCUGAGUGACAAGUUCAUUUGUUAUCAAGAAGUAUAUCCUGCCUUUCUAAAAGAUAGUCAAGACGACUUACAACAUACCAGCAAGGAAAGUGUAGUCAAUGGUAAUUAUGCAGUAGGCAGUUAUAAUUCACAAAACAGUUGUUGGUAACACAGGCAUCCCGGUACAGUAUUGGUAAACCAUUGAACACAUAUACCAUGCAAAUCAUUCUUUGUAUUGCUUUGUAUUAAGUCAUCUUGAGUAAGGAGGACAGAGGAGCAUUAAUUUCAAUGGAAUUUGCUUUAAGUAAGCGUGUUCAGGAUUUCAGGCAGCUCAUAUCUCCUGAUCCAUCAUGUAAUGAUUUGGGGGCAGAUGUCCAGCCAGCAGAAUGAGUAGGACUCUCCCCAAAUGGGGCUGGCUUACCACACUCUGGAACACACAUGGCCACCUAAAGGGGUGACCCUCUGGAAGGCAUGGUUGUCAAACAAUAGACAUACUUAACUAACUGACCAAUCACGUCAAUUCUGCCCCACCCCCACAAAAAUCCUGGCUACGCCCAUGCUGGAAGGUCAAUAAAUGCAGAGUCUAAAAUUACCAAAUUGCUUCUGGUAACAAGUUAUUUAAAAAAAUAAUGAUUCUAUCCUCAUUCCAAAGAUGCCCAAGCUGGCUAACAAACAGUAAUACACACAGAAUAAAAACAAACCUAAUCCCUACAAACUCCCAAUGCACACUGACCUUAACAAGUUAUCAAUAACUAACAAUUCUGCCUUUGAUUAUAAAGUCAGUGAUACAGAAUAAGCAAUUAACUAUUUCUGAUCUGACCUUGCAGUUUUGAAUUUCUGCUUCUUCCAUUAUGUUAAUGAGGCACAGCAUUACUUGGAAUACUAUUGGCCAUAUUUUGCUUUAGAGAGAAAACUAAGAGAGAGUUAAUACCCUUGAUAACCUCUGAAUCUCCACCAAGUGUCUUCAUUGCUUUAUUUCUUCUAACAUCUUUGGCUUUUUUUCUUCUUGUUGUCUAUCUGUGAUGGAAAACGGACAUACUUGGAAUAUUGCUGUUCUCUACUGAAAAGCUGAAUCUUUUAAUUUGUUUCAUGUUUGAAGGAGGUGGGGUGGUGAAGUUAUACCAGACACAAUUACAACUGCUCAAAAAGAAAUGAGAUGCUUGAAAAUGCUUUCUUCUUGAAAAUGCUUUCUUCUUAUUCUGUGGUCCAUCCCCUCACCCCCUGCCCAGAGACAUGCAAAAAUAGCCAUUGAAAUACAUUGGCUCCUUCCAGAGGAGGGCAUCACAUUUCUGAAUGGCCAUUGAAACCAGAGAUGAGCUGCUUACAUCACUGUCGCGAACGGGUCAGUUGCACCUUGGGAGUUGUAGACACCCACGUACCUGGGAGUAAGAUACAUCGACUUCAAUGGGUCUCACUUCGAAAUCAGGCAUGCUUGCAGUCGCAGCCAAGUUAGUCCCAGUGAAAUAGCUCCACCAGAUUUUCAGCAAAACUGCUUACGGAUGUCUUAAGUCAUAAAAAACGAAAAAAAACCUCUUUUCAGCUGCAGGGUCACUUCUAAAACUCCCAGCAGCCUCAGGAUAUAAGACUAACAGUACCAGAGGAGGAAGUUUUACGCCUUUAAAAAGCCCCCACCCCGAGGAAAGAUUGCGGGAUGAGGCAACUUCCGAGCGCAGCUUUCAACUAACCGAAGUGAAGCCUGCCGGGAUCCGGAGCGGGAUCAGAGUUCGGCGCCGGUUUGCUUCCGAAGCUGUUUCCCCGCUGCCGCCCGGCAAAACCGUUCUGCCGAGUGGAUGCCCCGGGCUUGAACCUACUGGGUCGCAGCAGCUGAAGUCGUUGCCCCUCCUUGCUGGGAAGAUCCGGUUGUUACUUGUGGAAACCUGGGGAGCCAUCGCGCUUUUCUCGCGGGGGGAGGAAGUUGCCUGAAGCUACAGCAUCCAGCCUUUUCUUCCCUUUUCCUUAUUUUACAAUGGGCAGCCCCGAAGCGACGGGCGAGCUUCCAGGUGGGUGCAAAAAUGUUCGGAAAUGCUGCUGUUCGAUUAGCGUCGCUUCGAGAGGUCUCUUUCCCUCUCCCCGCGCUCUCUAUCUCCAAAUCCCCGGGCGGGAUUGAAUCCUAAUAGCGAGUUGUCCUACUACACACUUACUCAGAAAUGUAUCCCACUGGUUUUAGAGUUUACUCACAAGUAAGGGUGAUAGGGUCGCAGCUCACAUGCAAAUAGCUAUGCUUUAGCAGCCUUUUGCUGUACUACACUCCAAACAAGGUAAUCAAAACAAAAAUAACAAGGUUAAUUGGCUAUAAUCCCAACAAUUAAUCCGUGUUUUUUUAAAUUGUGGAGUUAUAUACAAUGACGGGGCAGUUUUAUUCUGGUAAAUAUACGUUGCUAGAGAGCUAAUUACUUUGUGCCAGGCUUCCUUUCAACAUCUCAUUAAUUUGACUUUUUGCCUUUUUACCUAACUAUAUACAGUUACAUAGGAGUAAGUCUCAUUUGACUCAUUGGGGUUUACUUCUGAGUAGACGUACAUAGCACUAGGCUGUUACUUUCCCCCACCUGAGCCAACUCCUUCCAAUUUUAUUCCCCAAGAAGUGAAUAAAAGGGGGUGGUCUUAAGUUUUCAGUGUGUAAAGAUAGCUGAAUAGUAGAAAUGACAUGAGUCUCCGUGAAAAAAUGAUUGAAUCACAGUAGGACACACCCACUGACACUGCAAUUGCAUGUGGGCUUAUCUUACAUUAGAACAUGAAGGUAACAAGGUACAGCUAUUUUAGACCCCUGUACUGCUAGCCUGCACAUGUUGCUUAUUUCAUUGUACUAUUAGACUUAGGUGUGGUCCUUUCUCAAUGGAGCUCAGGGUGGUUCUUUCAUACAUUAUCCACACAACCAAACCGGAAAAGUAGGUUAUGGAAUAAACCAGUGUGUGUGGCUAAACAAAGGUCAAACCCAGGUUUUGUCUCUUCAUUUCUCCCCACUCUCAAAUAUUAAUCUGCUUUCUGCAAUAGCAUUGUACUAUAAAUAUUGCAAGAAAUGGUCUUUUGAAUGGAAGAGUUUACUAAUUUGGACAAAAUGCAUGUAUAGAAAUGCAUUCUCCUUUCCAAUGUCAAACUUAAAGCUAGUACCUCGAGGAUAAUCUCCAGCUCACCAUGUUUGUUAAGAAAUAUCUCUAUGACUUGAGUUUCAAAAGCUCUUAGCAAAUUAAGCAUGUGGAUCUUGAUCAUACCAGAAGACUUUCUCAGGCUAGAACAAAAAUACAACCUAAUAUGUACUUUACAACUUAAUAAGUUUCUUAUUUCUACCCCUUUAGCGCAAGUUUUUUUAGAAUGUUGGCCCAGAUUACUGGACUCUGCAGGUGCAAGUGGAUCAAAGGGAAUUGCAUUGGACUCUUGAAAAAUCUGAACUUUUUUAUAUUUCUAAUUUAACCUGUGAAAACUGUACAUGUAUUUGUUUCUACUUUUAAAGUCAUAUGCUAUCUUGCUUUUUACGUUCUAAGAAAUAUAUUGUUUUCCUUCUAAGACAAUGACAUACCACAGGUGGCAACUGAAGAAUCCAGAAGGCUCUCUAAAGAACAGAUAUUUAUACUGAUAGCUACAGCAUCUAUCAACUUCAGUUCAAUGAUUUGCUACUCAAUCCUCGGACCUUUUUUCCCAGUAGAGGUAAAUGGAUAUACAACUUGGCAAUCCAAUGCUUACAUCAUUACAACUUUUAAAAUGAAGACUUUGAUAGAAUUGCCUGAUGACACUUUGUCCAGCAACAUGUCUAACAAAAGUCUCGUUUCCCACCGUCUUUUAAAAAUCAGAAUUUUCCUUGCAAUUUUCCAUUGAAUUGCAAAUAAGGAAAAGUGAGGGAGGAAACACUAUAUAAUUAGAAUCAUAAAAAGCAAAGGUGGAAUACAAGGAGGGUUGGGAGGAAGAGAAGGUUAGAGAGGAAAGUGCGCUGUGGUGUUUGAUGUAAAGAAAACCCAACAUAUAAACUGCAAAAUGUUGCUGGUGAAUCCAAUUUCUCUACCCAUAAUUUUUUUAAAUCUUCUAGUUGGGAAGUGUCUGAAGGCACUUUUUGCCAUUUGUUCUCAUGGAUUAUUAUCCACCAUGAAGGGUUGUGAACUCUCUAGACCAGGGUUGGGGAUCUUGUGGCCCUCCAAAUGUUGUCAUCUGAGUUCCUGACCAUUGGCCGUGCUCUCUGGGGCUGAUGUGAGUUGGGAGUCCAAGAACUUCCAGAGGCCUGCAGAUUUCCCAUCCUUGCUCUGCUAGACCUUUUCCCAGAGACCUGUCCCACCAACAACUUUCUACCAUGGUAGGAAAUAUUUAGAUUUCUACUUUUCGUGUAGGUGCAUUCGUACACCCCUGUGUAUAAAAUGCAGUGUGGGAAGCAGCUUUGAACCCAUGCAUAGCAAAUGCCAUAUAAGCCGAUAUGGGGCAUGUGGUGUGGUGUUUUAUUUUCUUUCCAUGACUAGGUGCAAGGCACAUUCUCUUCUUCAGAAAAUAAAACACCUUGGCUAAGUGCCUGGUAGAUUGCAGGUCUGUUGCAAAGUUCUGCUCAUGUGAAUUUUGCUUUCUCUCCCCUCUCCCCAUUCAUUUGGUGCAGAGAUUCAUAGAUCCACAACCACAGGGUUGUUCAGCAGCAAGCCAGCUGUUCUGCUAUAGUGUUUCUUUGGACUUCCAUGUCAAUAUUAAGGGAGACUUGAGAGACUUCUGAACUGGAAUUCCAAUGUCCACCAGCAAUGUUUUGUAACAAUUAAGCCAUUUCAUUGCUGGUAUUUCUGGCUUGACGUAGAUAUUUUUUGUUCCAAGUCAUUGUGUUUAAAGGAAACCUUUUCUCUGGUGGAAUCCACACACACAUAAAAACGCUGUAAAAAUGCUUUUUUUAAAAAAAAAAAGGUUUAAAAAUACAUUGAAUUUUGCAUAGCUCACUAUUUGUAUAUUACACUUUACAACACAUUUAAAGCAUUUUAUUUGCAUCUGUGUAGCUGAGUCCUCUUUUUUUCUUGUUUAAGGCAGAAAAGAAAGGUGCUAGUAACACUGUAGUUGGACUCAUUUUUGGAUGCUUUGCAUUAUUCAACUUCUUGACUUCUUUGAUCAUGGGAAAGUAUGUAAGUAUGUUUGACAAUUUCCAUAAUGUAAGCUUUGAAUAUCCUCAGAAGAGCAAUGUCAUUUUCAUUUGACUAUCUUAAACUCCUGCCUGUGUACAUCCUUACUAAGGUGUUCUAACACAUCUAGAAAAUCUCAAGCUUCCUAAAUGAAUUGCCAUAAAUUAAAGGGAAGGGUUUUCCAUGCUUAUGGAGUCAUUACUUUGAAUAUCUUUCAGUAUGUCCUGUACCCUUUGCAAACAGGUAGACUCAUUUGAAAGGUCCUCUCAGCAGAUCCCAGAAUGUGAUGAGACAGGAGGUCUGUAAAAUUCAUACCACCCAAUGAAUCCAGGUCACUAUAGCCUAAUACCCAUUAUCCUGAAUUGUACAGACAAUGAAGAGACAUGUGGCUUGAAGCAAUGUGUUCCCAUUGAGCGUCAUCUACCAUCUGCUAUACCAGUGCUUGGAGGUGGUGAUGGGCUUAAUGCAGGACAAUAAAUGGAAAGUGGAUCCUAAGACGACACAGGUGUUAUGUGUGGUGAGAUCUUGAGUGCAGGAGGUAUAAUGGCAACUUGUUCUGGGCAGGGUUGUAGUUACCUAGACGGAAUAGAUCUAUACCUUGGGAGGAUCCAACAUGGUCACUGGAGGCUCAGGUAGCCUUGGUGGCUAGGAGUGCCUUUUUCCAUCUGUGGCAGGUUCACCCCCCUGUGACCCCCUCUUGGAUAGAUGACUUGACCUUUGUAUUUGGACUACUGCAGUGGAUUUAUUAGCUAAUGGUAGUGCUGUGGUGCAGCAUGAAAAGUAGCAGCAGCAAAGAGUGUUGUAACAGUUAAUUGCAUCUGUUGCUGUUGUGAAAGUAGGUUAAUUCACUUAUCCAUUUAGAAUAUUUUUAGGUGUGAUAAUGAGCUGGAUGUAAAUCUGUAGAGUGGGGAGACAUUAAGCUCACAGAUUUUUAAUUUUGUUUUCAUAAAAAACUGAAGGAAGAACAGUAAAUUUGAGUACUAAAACUUCUAUAAAACUUGCAGAAGCACUAUAACUUUAUUGUUCUGUAAUUUGCAGCUUGUACAGAUUGGUGCAAAGUUUAUGUUUGUUGCUGGAAUGUUCAUCUCGGGAGUUGCCACAAUUCUCUUCGGGUGAGUGUGUGUUGGGAUUAUGAUGCAUUUUAAAAAAUAAAAAUAAAUAUUAUUAAAAGUACUUUAUACGAGACUUCAACUCAGUAAGCUAGGGCCUAAGCCAUUGCUGUUCUCCUGGACCUCAUAUAUUUGGCAGGAUAUAGCCUCUGUUAUUAUUUUUUAUAUUUUUGGCCAUUAUUGGAACUCCAUUUUAAAAUUUUCCAUGCUUUAAGAAAUAUAAAUCUAUACAUCAUUUGUAUGAUCCAAAAGAUUACUUAAAUGCUUUGCCCAAAGCUGCUCCUAACCCUUACAUGCAAAAGGACACAGGCUGAAGAUGUGGAUAUGGAAUACUCUUGCCCCCAGAGUUCAGCUGAAACUGCAGGAUGUUCCUAAGUCUCUGAUGUCACAAGUCUGAUCAGUAGGAAACUGGGAUGGCUUUACUUUGUUAUGUUUAUGUACUGUACCAUUGGCUUGUAAGUGUGCAUAGUUAGGGAUUUCUAGAGUACAGCAGUAUUGCUGAAGACAAAUUGGUAAAAAACCUCCCUUGAAAUAAUUGUUCCAAGCUUGUAGAUGGCCUGGACUGGAAGAGAGUUUCUAUAACAUGGAUUUUCUUGUUUCAGGGGGAUUCCCCUUGAAUAAAGGGUUCAUUAAUUUUUUUUUUUUUUAAAGAAUCAUUUAUUUAAAAAUGAUAUUUUUGGCCAAAGGUCAGUUGUGUGCCCCCCUCCCCGCAAGCCUCAAAGUAUAUAAUUAGGUGCGUUCUCACAUGAGGUGUUUAAAGAGCCUGCCUUUAAGAAAAGAACCUGCAAAGAAGUGCUGUUAAAAGGGAACAUGGUAUAGACUAGAGAUAUGGAAGACCCAGAAAAAAAUUGGAAAAAUUGGAGGAACACAUGCCCCCCCCCAAUCCUGGCCUUCACAUUGCUAGUGCAAGUGUUAUGGUUGGCAAUGUUCAUUUGCACUUCAGUUAAAGGAAUCCAUGUUUAGAUGAACUGUCACAGGUAUGGGAAAUGCAAAUAGUGGGUCCCAGCAGAAGUCUUGAAAUUUGUCUAUCAAAUUCAAAAGGCAGUAAAAGAAAAACAACAACAACCUCUUGGGCAAUAUAGCUGUCCACAGUGUUGCUAUAGUCGAAAGGCCGGCCACCUACUUAAUGGGCGAACUUUCUGUACAUUUUCCCCAAAUGGAAACUAAGCUAAGGUUAGGCGUGGGAUCGUGAUGGAAAUACUUACCUGGGAAACACACUGUGUUUGGAUGGCAUUGAGUUAAUGUGGAAUAGUACUUGGCCCCCUUCUCAUUUAAUUGUUCAAAACAAGAGGGCAGAGGGUUUUCUUAUUCUUAGUACUGCUACUUCUGCAACACAGAGAUAAACACUAUCUGUAGCAAUGCAGGUGUCUCUGGCUGUUCGAAAGCAGCAGUACCUUGAGAGAAGUAAUAGUUGAACAAAACGGAUAAGGGGGGAAGUAUAGGGCUUGUGAUUUGAGUGCCAAGGAGUUGUCAAUUUCAAUUGCUUUUGGCCAUUCUACACAUUUUUUGCUGAGUAACUUCAGACUGCCUGAAUGUUUCUUGACUGUGCUCUUCUGCCUAUACAUUGAUCUGCCUGUAGAGCAAGGCACAUACUUACUCUUAAUGUAAAGACUACAAACUGCAGGAUUGCUUCCUUUCACAUGACUGUGUCUUGGGGGUGGGGGAGGAACAGAAAGAAGGAUCAUAUUAAGUGGGGCUACAGCAACAAAGCAAAAUUUAGAUUUCCCCCCCUCAGCACUGAACUCAAAGUUGAAAUGGACUCUAAUCUUAAGAGUAGCAUUUCUUUACACUGGAAGAAACCUUUUCCACGCACGUCUGGUAAAUAUGUAUUUCUUUAAAUUGUAAACCUAAUGUCAGUUGCCAGAUGAGCAGCUUUUCGGAGUGAUACCGAUGCGUAUCUUAUUUUGGUUUCCUUAAGAUGGUUAUGGGUCUCUUUGUUGAUGCCUGAUGUCUUGUCCAAAGCAGCUCCUAACUUAUGAACCUUUGCUUAAUUGCAGUGCUUUUCUCAGAUAUCUUUUAUGGAUUCACUGCAGACAACAACUUUGCCAGGCAGAUUUGACCUAAUACUUGCCAUAAGAUGCAGCCUGUGCUACUUACACAAGAGGGCCUUGGCAACAUGUCUGUUAUACAAGAGCACUGUACUAGAUGUUUAUGCAUAAGAGACCGAGGAGCUGCAUUAACUUUUCUUUUGAUUUUAGGAUGUUGGACAGAGCACCCGAUGGGCCGACAUUCAUAGGGUUGUGUUUUGCAGUUCGAGCCAUGGACGCGAUUGGCUUUGCCGCAGCCAUAACAGCCUCGUUUUCUAUUCUAGCAAAGGCUUUCCCCAACAACAUUGCUACCGUUAUGGUAUGUAUGAAGCCAGCAGCUGAUUUUGAGUAAUCACAGUUAAUAUGUAAUGUGGCAUGAUACUGCUUUAAAUGUGUGGCAGCAUUCUCUGCAGGGUUCUAGGCAGGAGUCUUUUCCAUCCCUGUCUGAAGAGACAAAAGGGGGGGGGAAGGGUUGAACCUGUGACCUUUUGGCUGUAAAACAGAAGUUCUAACCCUUCAGAUGCUCUUGGGACCUCUUGGGACUAGGAGACCUGCAUCACACAAAUAACAUCUUGGGUGUCGUCUCAAUACACUGAAAUUAACUUGGGAAAGUUUCAUUUGGUAAGGGAUGUUAAGAUCGUGAUGUUUUAAUUUUGCAUGACAAUCACAAGGAACUAAACUACAAAGGCAGGUCUGUGUUGUUGCUUUAAGAGCUGACCUUUUAGCUGAAUGCUGAUAGCACCAAACCAGAAAAAAUCAUGACUAGAUGAUAGUAUAUAAUAGCUUUCACUACACCAUGUGAGCUUAGCUUUAGUAUCCUUGGACCAAUAUUGUUGUUCUCUCCUCCCCUUUUUACUUUAAGAAAACAAGCUUGUACUUUACCAUUGUGGCAUUGGGGUAAAGAUUUAUUUUUUAAAAAAAAGAGAUUAAAGGUUUAUAUUUACUCAAAUGCUCCAUAAGUCAAGGGAAUAGUUAAUGCAUUCAUAGAAGCAAAACUCAGCACUUCAUUGAUGCUAAUGAAAUUUGUACUUCUCACUAAUUCUGUUCUGCUGCACCAACUAGGCCACCUGAUCUGAUGCCAUUGUUGUCCUUUCUUUCUUUUUUUAAGGGCAGCCUUGAAAUUUUUACUGGACUGGGACUAGUGCUGGGCCCGCCUCUCGGUGGCUUUUUGUACCAGUCUUUUGGCUAUGAAGUCCCUUUCAUCGUACUUGGGUGCCUAGUGCUGAUCCUGGUACCACUGAACAUGUUCCUCUUACCAAAAUAUGGUAAGUGGUGUCUUUAUUGCCUUUCGGUUCGAAUUGGGUUGGAACUUCCCUAUUCUCCACUGUGAAGAUUGUCUCUUGGAGCCUGUUUUUCCGCACAUUAAUGUAGGAAACUUUCCUCUCACCUGUGGUAAUACUGGUGACGGUAAUAGCUGUGCCCAGUCUAUCUCGCCAUGCAGACUGUCUCACCAGAGUGGUGCAUGCUCUAGUUAUCUCCCGCUUAGACUACUGCAAUGAGCUCUAUGUGGGGCUACCUUUGAAGGUGACCCGGAAACUGCAAUUAAUUCAGAAUGCGACAGCUAGACUAGACUGGGAGCGGCCGCUGGUACCACAUAACACCGGUUCUGAGAGAUCUGCAUUGGCUCCCAGUACGUUUCCAAGCACAAUUCAAAGUGUUGGUACUGACCUUUAAAGCCCUAAAUGGCCUCGUUCCUGUAUACAUGAAGGAGCGUCUCCACCCCCAUCGUUCAGUCCGGACACUGAGAUCCAGCGCCAAGGGCCUUCUGGCGGUUCCCUCAUUGCGAGAAGUGAGGUUACAGGGAACCAGACAGAGGGCCUUCUCAGUAGUGGCGCCCACCCUGUGGAACACCCUCCCUUCAGAUGUGAAGGAAAUAAGCAGCUAUCCUAUCUUUAAAAGACGGCCCUGUUUGGGGAAGUUUUUAAUAUUUAAUGCUGUACUGUUUUUAACACUUGAUUGGGAGCUGCCCAGAGUGGCUGGGGAAACUCAGCCAGAUGGGUGGGGUAUAAAUAAUAAAUUAUUAUUAUUAUUAUUAUUUAUUAUUAUACAGAGCCCUUGUAUUAUAAUAAUAAAAUAAAUAAAAUAAUAACAAUAACAAGAAUAUACCAUUCUUCAUCAAAACAUCACAGUAUAAAAAACAAAAUACAUAACAUAAUAGCAGAGAAAAAACCCCCAAAACAUGCAUACUCAGGAGGGUUUUUCCAGUCUAUCUUGAAUGCUAGCUUUGCUUUAUUUCCCCUACCAAAGGACAGGACUGGAAAGGAGGAGAUGCAGCUGAUUUGGGAAGCAUAGUAAAAAGUCCCUUUGGGUGUUGCAGGUAGUGGCUUUCUGUGUGUUUCUCUGAUACUUUUGAAGUGCCUUAAAGCUGGAGAUGAAAUUGAUGCAGGUUUUUGUAGCAUUUUGAAAGCCUGAGAAACCUGUUUGGCCCAAGUCAAGAUAUUGGCAGUUUUGUUUUCAAUUCUUUUCCCUAAUGAUCGCAAUUGUAGAAUUUGCCCUUUUCACUGCAGCCGUACAUUAGCUCUGUUUUCAUUGAACUAGCCAUCAUAACCCCAAGAUUGCUUUCCUAGUAAUCACUUCCACCUCAGAGAUCCUUGAUAUAUAUGUAUGAAGUUAGGAUAUUUUUUGCCCAAACGUGCCCCAGUAUGCUCUUGUUUGCAUUGAGCUAGCAUUCUAAUGUUCAUUCCCCUAGUGCGAAGAGAUCCUUUAGGAGCUUUUUGCUAUUCCAUUAAGUUGGUGUCGUCAGUGAACUUGGCUGUCACAGUAUUCACUUCCUUCCUCUAGUCUAGAUCAUUUAUGAGCAAUAUAAAAAAUAGUGGUGCCUAUUGAUCAGGUGGGGGUAGAGGGGUAGGACGCACUGUUCACUCUUUGUUGCAAGAACUUUCCACUCCAUUUAUUCCUACUUUCUGCUUCCUGGUCUCUUAAUCAGUUAGGGAUCAAUAAGAGAAUCUCUGUGCUUUUCCCAUGACUGCUAACUUUGCUCAGGAGUCUUGUUUUCCUUUGUCUUCCUCUGUUUUCCCAGUGUCAACUUUAAAAAUAAUAAUUAUUUUAUCAUUUUUUCGAUACAAACAACAACCACAAAAGACACAUACAACAAAAACCAUAAUAACAAUAGUAACACAAUUUGACAAUUCAGUUUUGAAUACACUGAUAUACCUAUGACUACACCUUUUUAAACAAUAUUUUCCCACCUCUCUUUCCUCCCCCUACUUCCCACCACUAUUCCCAGUGUCAACUUUAAAGAUUGUAUGCUGCUUUGGGGCAGGGCCCUAUCCCAGUCUGUAACAUGACAUUCACACCGAGUGUGAUUAAAAUAAAUAACCUGCCCAAAAUGUCACUCUUUGUCUUGUUACAGAUUCCACUCCUGGCAAAGAUUCAUUCUGGAAGCUUGUUGUUCUUCCAAAAGUUAUUUUCCUCUGUUUAACUAUGUUCACACUGAGUGGAUGCUUGAGCUUUCUGGAUCCUACCAUGUCACUAUUUGUCUUGAAAAAGGUAGGUGCAAUGGGGUGAAAAGCCUUUCAUACAAAUGCUUCAUCUAAAAUUAUCAAAAUCAACUAAAAUUAUAUAAGAUUAUCAAUUUUGCAAGGGUCUUGGUGGGAAUUUCAUAAGGGUCAGUCGCAAGAGGUGUCCUAAUGGCAGUUGCGGUCUUGUAGCUUUAAGGCCAGAUGAAGUAGUGGAGUGGGAAAUUCAGUGCUGCAGGUGGAGCUCAGCCAGGUGAGCAGAUGACAAGCUCUUCCUCUCUAUAACUGCAAAGUGGAGCCAAGUUAAUUGAGUCAGUGGACAUUCCUAGCAUUCAUAAUGCUAAAGCCUAAGUGAAAUAAACACGAAUGCAAUUUUCUGUUGCAUCCUGGGCAGAUAACAACCCUUAAUAAUUUUUGUUUGGUUUUAUUUUUGUGUUUAAAGUACUAGGUUUAAAAUAAAUAAAUCUGUUACUCAUAACAAAGUUGUGCUUUGUGUUCCAGUAUAAUUUGUUUGAUUUCAGACAUAAGGAAUAUCUGAACGGUGUACAGAAAUAAAAUGUGAAACAUCAUGCUAAUGAUAAAAGAGUCUUAAAACUAAAGAACAACAUUCUUUAAAUGCAGAGAUUAAAUAGGCUAAUCUUGGAGUAAACUAAAAGUAUUCAGCAAACACUGAAAAUAUUAAACUUUUGGGGCUUGUUUCACUUCUAAAUAAGAGCCAAUUUCUCUACCAGUGCGUUUUUUCAUUUUGUCCAAUUUUGUUGAGGUUAGAGAUGGGAAGGUCUGGGAAAAACUGGGGGGGGGGGAUGCAGAUUUUUGCCUGUUUCCCCCCAAAAGCAGUUUUUUUCCCAUUUGGAAGAAAAUGGGGGGGGGGACCCGCCCCCCAUUUUCCGGGUCUUUUCCCAGGCAUUCCCAUCUCUAGUUGAGUUUAUUUUUCUAAAAAGUUGCAAGUUUUUCUUUUAAAAAAAUGCAGAAAUGUUGCCUUUUCAUUUUUAUGUUUGUUUGUGUGUGUGUAUAAAUUGCAUAAGAAUAUAUUGCUUGUAAAUCUAACUUUGCCCUGCUGCAACAAUGAGCUUUACUGAGGGUCAGAUGCUAUUUUUAUGAAAUACCAAAAAAUCUGCUUUCUUUUUCUAGUUCAAAUUGCCUGCUGGUUAUGUGGGAUUGGUCUUCUUGGGGCUAGCACUCUCCUAUUCCUUAUCUUCACCAUUGCUUGGUUUUCUCAGUGAUAAAUUCCCGGUGAGUUCAAAAUCCUGCUGUGAUUCUACAUUAUAGAGUGAUUAAAGUUCAGUAGGCUUCAUAAUUAGAAAUUCCUGUUCUGAAGUCAAAACACAACCAAUCCCACAGGCCUCACUGUGGGUAAAAACAGUGGUGCCUGGCACCCAUUUCAGCCAAGCCAUAUCCCACUGCCCAUUAUGUAAGAUUUUGGUGGUUGUUCUAGGUCCUGGAAUCUCCGCAAAAUGAAGGUGCCCCCUUUAGACAAAUGAACAAGGAAAACUUUAAAUUAAUGUGUAAAAGCUGCAGUGACAAUAGAAAGCUGGAAAACCAACCGGUUUUGAAAUGACUCCAUCAAUCCCAAAGACUAUCUCAAAGUAUGAGGCUGGAUGCUGGUUUUGUUUGUUUAUCACAGCCUGUCCUGAAUGUCACUGUUCUGCCUUAGAAAAUAUGAAGUGACACUUAUAAAGUACAUAAUUUUUCCUCCUGUCAGUUGAAUUAAUUCAAAUGUAGUUAUUUUGACAAAAUUCAAGUCUUUCACUUCUGUUUCUUGCAGUACUUAAGGAAGUGGCUAAUGAUUUUUGGAGGCAUACUGACAGCAUUAUGCUACUUUAUGUUAGGACCAGCUCCCAUCUUGCACAUUGAAAGGUAAUGCACACUUGAUGAAUGUGUCUCUGGCACUGGCAGUCUGCCCGUGUUCUGAAGCUUUCAUACUUAUUCACAAAUCAGUAAGCAGGGCAGUGUAUGUUCUGCCCUCAAAUAUUCAUAUUUUGUACCCCAGAGUUGUUGAAUUCUAACAUCACAUACAACCUUACAACCUUAUUCAGCCUGUACACAGCCUGCUGUUUAUUCCGCCAAGAAAAGAGUGUGUACUAUUGAGCUUUUGAUAUUCCUUCACCCUUACUUUUAACUUGAAAUGUUUAGAAGCAUGCACUCCCUUUUUGAAAGAAAAAUGAAGACAUUUACUUCCAACUCAUUUGUGUCUAAGGAGCUUGGGAGAUAGUGUAAAUGGGGGUUAUCCCAGCAGUUAAUGCUACAGAUGCAAGCUUGGCCUUCCCAAUUCAUGCCCAGAGUGUCCUGACAAACAAUAUUUUCUCAUUCUGUGGGAGGUAAAUUUGAGGUCCUUUCCUUGAGCUAGUUAUGGAGGUGACAUAACAGCAUCUUGUAUGCUCUUAGGCAAGUUGUCAUGCCGCACAUUGCCUCUCAACUCCUCAUGGCAAACAUAAUCUCUGAACUACAUUUGGGAAGCUGUUAGAAUAUAUUAUUACUAAUACUGCUAUGGGGGGGAGGGACUCCUAUAAAAGAAAUGUUGUUACGAAUGCUAAAAAAAGUUAAGAUAUGAAUUAAAGGUAUAAUGAAGUGUGUGUUUGCUUAUUAUUUUAUUUAUUAAAUAUGUAUCCAGUACCUUCCUCCAAAUGAGGAAUGUUGCAUCAUUUCCUCAACUUAUUUUAGGAUUUUGAUUUCCCUCCCCCAGCAAACUCUGGCUCUUUGUUCUAAUGUUGGUCCUGAUGGGUUUUUCCCUUGGAAUGAGCGGUAUCCCGAUAUUCCCUGAAAUGCUCAAUCAUGCAUAGUAAGUUAUCGUCUCUCCAUACACUUUGGGGAAAAAAAAUGUUAUUUGACAGCUCAUUGCAAGCGAAUUGGAAUAGGGUUCCCUUGUUCUGUAGUGAAUUCCUUUGAUGAUUAUAGAUCUGUGCCAGGAUACUUUAUAUUGAGAGGCAGAGAGUCUGUUCCUCCCAGAUGUUGUUGGACUCCCAGCCAAUAUGACCCACAGUUCAGAGAUGAUAGGAGUUGCAGCCCAGUAACAUCCAAAUGACCACAGGUUCUUCACCCCAUUUCAUAUGCAAAGCUAAGACAACAUAUGAAUUAAGAUGAUGGCAGUGCUUUUAUUUUUUAGAAGAAUGGCCUCCCUCCCUGAGCUAAUGAACCCUUUCCCCAGUGCGAGUACCACUGGAGUACCAGUGUGGUACCUUUCACUUGCCACAACCACGUCUCACUACAGAAUGAGAUGUUUCAUGGACGUAGAGAAGAUUUUGAAGAGACAGCACUUCAUUCCUUUAUUCUUCCUGCAGGAAAGAUUGCAUCUGCCUUUGAAAGACGAGGCAGAUCUGUUUUGGAUGCUGCUACUUUGUGAUUCUAUGACUUGUCUUCCAAGCUGCAGAGCUCCAAAACUUGCAUUUCAAAAUAAAAAGUUGGUACCUUUGGAAAUGAUCUGUUUGUUUGCCUUUCGUCCUGCAGUGAGAACGGCUUUGAGGAAGGAUUAAGCUUGUUAGGCCUGGUAUCUGGACUCUUCAGCGCAGUAUGGUCACUUGGGUAUGUAGAAGGUCAUGGAUUGCCUAUCAUUUGCACGCCCAUGUCCUCCUCUCUUCUCCGUGUGUUGAUACUUACAGAGCCAAAGCAACCCUGCUCACUCACAGGAGGAGAGGUCUCAGUAGGUUUGGAGGUGGGGGGUGAGUACAAAACAUGAGUUUACGUGGGUUGCAUAAAUAAGAGUUCCAUUGGAGAAAACCCCAAAAAUAUUCAUUGUGUAAGAAUGUGAGUGCUGUGUGCAGGGCCGGAUUUAGGUUUGAUAAGGCCCCAAGCUACUGAAGGUCCAGCUGUCCUUUGUCAACAACAAAUUGUCGCCAUUUUUUGUGUUGAAUAUAUGCUAUAUAUGCCCAUUACUUACACAAAACACUGUUGCUGUGUGUAGGUUUUAUUUUAUUUUAUUUGUUUCUUAUCUUCUAUUUUGGAAAUGUACAUCCAAUUUUCCUUCCCCCCGUUUAAAUGUUUUGGGUGCCCCAAGAGAGUGGGGCCCUAAGCUAUAGCUUGUUUAGCUUCUACGUAAAUCCAGCACUGGCUGUGUUAUAGUGACAAUGGGGAAGAAACUAGAGGGGAAAUCAUACAAGUAAAAAAAAAGGGCCCUUUCAGACUCCUAACACACAUUUCUAAGCCUCUGUUCGAAUAAUUCAAAAGACCUUUUUGUUUCUAGAAAUAGAUACUGGACUUGAUCCAACUGACCACGAGCACAGCUCAGGACUCAAAACUGUUUUGACCAAGGGGAGGGGCAGAAGGGAGGCAUGCCCAGGUCACCCAUUCUUAUAGUUGUUUGAUUAGGGGCACGCCCCUGAUGCCCUUUGGGGCUGGUUUGAGCCCAUGCAUUUCUAGACUCUGUGGCGGCAUUAGGUGUUCUAGGACACACCCACAACCUAAAUUUAAAGCGCAAAGCUUUCCCACCCCAAAGAAUCUUGGGAAACGGUAGUUUGUUAAGGUGGUUGGGAAUUAUAGCUCUAUAAGGGGGAAACAGCAGCUCUGAUGAUUAUUUGGGAGAAGCCAUAGCUAUUCGAUUGGUAAAAAUGUGCUUUAAAUAUACCAAAAUUGUGGAAACCUUUUGGGAAAAGUGUAUUACUGAGGUUUGAUGGCUCAUAAUGCCACUUUUUUGGAGUAAUACCGUAAAAUUAUUCAAUGGAAAGAUAAUUUAAUGAAGAAUGCCGUGCAACAAAGUUUGUUCAAUUUUCUGUAUUCUAUCAAAAGAAAAGGGAAGCACAACUUGCUUAGGUUGAUAUGCAGUAAUUUCCCCUCAUUUGAAUGUAGCCAAUGAGCAUGAGUGUUUAGAGAGCCAAUCGGGUGUUAUGAGCCUUCGAACCUCGGAAAUACACUUUUUCCAAAAGGUUUCCACAAUUUUGGCCACUAGUGUGUGGUGUGGAUGUGAACCUAGGUAAAAUAAUUUAUCUGGAUCCAGAGGUUAUUUGUGACAUGGAGCAGAGGAUAAGGGCGGGAAGGGUACCAGUUCAGAAGACUGGAAAAAUUUAUUGGAAAUCUAGGUUUCAAUCCAUGAUAAGUUAGUUGCACUUUGUGAAAAGUUACUCUUGACUAAGUGAAGUCCCUUUGAGAACUAAGUGUGACUAAUGUAAUAAUAGUUUAUAAACUCAACACGUUUUGAGCUGUCAACAUGUUUUUUUAGGGGCACUAACUAUGCAAACCAGUCUUUUAUAAUAUCUUGGGCUAGUCACACCUUUCUGGUCUCUUGUCUUGCAGAGCAUAGUAAGCAGCUGCUGCUCUGGCAGGGGGCAGAAUUACCCAGGAUCCUUCCAGUGGCCCAUACUGGGGGGGGGGGGGGGAGGGAUGUUUUCGUUUAGCUUUUCUUAAGAAGUGGUGCAAAUUCUUCAAAGCACCUUGAAUCAUAACCCAGGAUGCAAAGUCUGUGCAAGCUGCAUUGGUCAUUAUUUCUCAGAUUUACGUUAAAUGUGUGUUUCGCUUCCUUCUCCUAGGUCUUUUGUAGGUCCAACAUUAGGUGGAUUUCUAAACGACAAGCUGGGUUUUGAAUGGGCUGCAGCCAUACAGGGUGGAUUUGCGCUGAUAAGUGUAUGUAAACCAGUGUUUUCUUGAUAUGAGUUUUUAUUACGUUUGUCUCUGAAAGUGUGGCACAUUGCAAAUAUACUAUUUGUUUUCUCUUCAGGGGUUAGCUCUUGCAAUAUAUUAUAUCUACGAGGCCUUGCACAGAAGAAGGUACUGUGACUACUUUUUUUAUUUUAAAAAAUGAAUUAAAGGGGGAAAUGACUAUUUUCAUUUAAAUGUACAAAUAAGCAUUUGAGCAAAUUGUUAAGUUUUUCCUGCUUUGCUUCUGGAUUAUUCAGCUCGAUGCAAACUAAAAUUUAUUUAUUUAUACUUAUAGCCCACCUUUCCCCCCCAAGAAGCUCAAGGUAGCAUACAAAGCCCCUUCCCAUUUUAUUCUCACGACAACUCUGUGAGGUAGGUUGGGCUGAGAGAGAGCACUGCUGCCCCAGAGUUGCCCAGGGAGCUUCAUGGCUGAGUGGGGACAAUAUUUUUAACAGGAAAAAGAGAAACAGCAGUAGAAAGACACAAUAAGUCAGAAGCCAGACUACAAAUGAUUUCAAAGGCCUGGGUAAAUUAAAAAAAGGCACCCUCUAUGAAGAAGGAACCGAGCGAGCCUCUGUGAGGAGACUAUUCCACAACUGGGAUACUCCCCUCACUGCUAUGUUUUCUAUCAAAAUACAGCUGCUGGAGGUGGGGGAAGCUGAUCAGGAUAGGGGUCAUGGCAUAAUCUUGAUGAAAUAUUUCAUCUAAAGCUGCUAUUUCUCACAAGAGGAAAGUUCCCAACAGCAACUUCAAGGCAGCUUCAGGGAGAGAGAUUUUUCCUGGGACUGAGGCAUUGGCUGGUUUAGCUCUGGCACUUAGCCAUAUUAGCUGUGGCAACUUGUUUUGAUUCCCCCCUCAUUCAAGUCCAAAUAUUGCUGUGUCAUGGUGGUGAGUGAAACAGUGUGUGUCAUCACAGCCACUAAAACUAAAUCAUGGUUUGCAAAAGAAAGAGGAAGGAAGAAUGUGAAACCGCACUGAAGCAACACAAAUCCAUUUGCAGCUCUAUAGCCUUCUUCCCUUUUAAUAGGCAAUUUUUUGUGGGCAUUUUUAAAAUUUAUUUUGCCUUUCUGUUUUAAUAUUACUGUGGAUGCUGAGAACAUUCCAAACCUUGUCUUUCUUCUUUUGCACAGAUCCCGUCCCCAAAAUCUUCCAGGCACAGAGGAAGAAAGGGCUCAUCUUUUGCCAAGUGCAACGUAGCUGGAAGCCUUCCCUGCUGCCAGUUUAAAGCUACUUUUGUACGGAUAAUUUAGGAGCUUGAUACACAGGCAAGAAGCAAGCAAGCAACUGAAGGUGGCCACCUUUGCCUCAUGCCACAUGGUGGGCUGUAGGUUCUUGACCGCUGUACUGUGGCAUUCUGUUUCUAGAGGGAAUGGCUGUGUUUUUGGACAGUCGUGUGAUAGACCUCUUUGGGCUGGUUCUACGUGAGAGCAGCAAGGUUGUCUGGCGGGCAAAAGUACUUUGCACAAUGUGAAAAUAAUACAUUCCACUAUGUGAAAUAUGUUCCGUAAUGCUCUACUUUUGUACUCUAAUAUCACCGAUGGUCAGCACUCAAUAAACUUAGUUUCUUCGAAAGUGUGUGAGAUGUUCUAGGGCAUUUUGCUAAUAUUUUUUUUAAAGAUUAAUAUUCUUAGAAACCUUUAAAGGUAUAUUGUGACCUAAAACUUUUGUCUGCCUGCUAAUUUAAAAUAAAGAACACUAAAAGCUG